UACCACUUCCCAGCUACCGGUCCCGCGCCCGUAGCUGGCCCUUUUAAAGAUUGCACAGGUGAUCUCCUCGGAGAGACUGCUAAUCAACCCCGCGUUGAUCCUUCAAGAUUCGAUACCAAACGGAGGCAGACAUUGCUCAAUCUCCUAAAUGCUUUAAACGAGCUUAGCCAGGCUGAAUGUCUUGACCGAGACUUUGAUCAGAAUCCAAGCUUUGAGGAUGACAGAGAUACCCCAACUGUGGACGAGCAACUGCAGGUUUCCGGAGCAGAGAAAUUUACCAGAUUUCAGAAAAGGAUCAAUAGUCUCGACAAAGAGCUCAGAAACUUCGGCAAUGCUGCACGACAACUUGGUAGUUCUGUCGGAAUUCUGUCCUCCGCAUUUCGGCUCCGAGAACGUCUUGCACAAAUCCUUUUCCUUUUCCGGGACAAUGCGGCUGAUCUCUUUCCUCGGAAAGUCUCUCGUCAGCAACGCGAAUUUCUGGUCAACCCCAAUCUAAUGGACAGAAAGCGCAACGCUCGGCGGCGGAAGAGCAUGCCAGGUCGUGUUCCAGUCAAUAUUGAAGACAGCCUUGAUCUUGAAAGCCUCCCAGAGCAGUUUGAGAACUUCGCUGCUGCCCUCAUGACCUUCUUGAAAUGCUUGAACGAAUUUCCGGAAUUCACUGAUGAGGCUGUUAACACUUCGAUAAAAUCAUUCGAGGGCGAUUUGAAGUACUGGGCAUGUUGUUUACAAGAAUACAGAGGACAAUUCAAAUACCCUGCUGUACAGCGCUAUGUUCAUGACCUUACAGCUGAAAUGGGAGAGCACAUCGACAACAUUACUGGGACGUUAUCUAUGUUCAUCGAAGUUGGUGUCCCAACUAUUCGAUUCGCACAGAAGCACACCGCAGCAAAUCUUUUAACUCUGUCCACCGUGGCCACCUUCUUCUCCGCCGUCACUGCGACCACACUGCAGUUCUCGUAUUCUCAGACUGGAGAUAUGCUCUCUGACGCAGUUAAUGCAUUCUGGUUCUCCUCGCUUGUAUUCAGCAUCGCUGCUGCUGUUAAUAGUUUGCUGGGGCUUUCUUGGAAACAGGCUAUGUAUCGAUCACCUGGUGAUCGCGUACCGUGGUGGGUACUGAUGUGGAUUAAACGAUCACCCUUAGUAUUUUUGGUGAUGUCUGUGACUUGCUUCUCGGCCGGACUUGUACUGUUCACGUAUUCUACACAACAGGGCAAAGUUACAUCUACAAUCACAACCGUUUUUACUGCGUUCACCUCGUUUGGCCUAGCAGCGGUUUCAGCCUGGUUUGCUUCUGAGAAAUGGACAUUUGUGCAUCAUCGUGGGUCGAAGUGGCUUUCUGAUGUUCUGAAAGAUGCUCUGCGACGCUUCAUGGCGAUGCGUCUCGUCUCAUUUGUCAGCAAAACCUUUAGUUGGGGCUCGCGGUAUGUACAAAAAGGUGUUGAAUUUGCAGGUCACAAAUGUAGACGGGUGUCAUCGAUGGGGACAAUCACGACAACCGCGAUAGAGCAAGGCGACAACCUGACUACUCGCGAGUAUGCUCACACUAUAUCACGCUCUCCUGAACCCCUUUCUCCGCUAUCACCCAUCCGACAAUCCACAGACUCCUACUCGCAUUUCAGUGGCGAGGGUUCUUCACAUCCCAAUUUGGAGUCACCAACCACCACCUUCAGCGGCACGUCAAACUCUCCGAUUACAGCGCGAGACCGUUUAACAAGUGCCAUUCGGUCCGUUAUGAUGCUCCAGUCUGCAACGUCUUCUCCUAGUAGCCCAUUUUCUCCUGUGCGGAAGCGAACAACUUCGUCGGCGUUCACAGAUGCAUCGAAAACGACGCCAGAGACAAGUAUCACUACAACAUGUAGAGGCUCCAAAGUUGCUUCCCUCAUAUCUAAGCUCAAAAGCUUAGAGACAACGCAAGAUUUGGCUGCGCAUUCAGCACUCGUCAGGCACUUACAAUUUUCACCCAAUGGGAAGUUUUUGGCAACUUCAAGCUGGGAUCGGACGUCCAUCAUCUUCCGCGUCGGGGAUCCUUGUGUGCCCCAUCGUGUGCUUGCACAUGCUUCUGGCUUUGUUGGUCAAGUUGCUUGGUCCCCAAUCGGUGUACUUCUCCUUACACGGCUGAAUCGGGCUAUCAAAAUUUGGACAGAGGAUGGAGUGUGUCGAAAAACUAUCGAACGUCAGCAUCAUGUCCACUCAAUUGCAUGGUUGCCUAGAGGGGAAGUGAUCUUCGCAGCAUUUCUGUCCGUCGAGGGUAGCGAAGUGGUCAAAUUGGAUCUCAACGGCAAUGUCCUAGACACGUAUCGCUUCAAUCGGUUGUUCAUUCAUGAUGUGGCCAUUACUCCCGAUCUACAGUGGCUAUUGGGCGUCGGGCCGAUCCUAUAUUCUCCCAAAGGAUUGCAUCCUAGCAAGUCCCGAGUAGAAAAACAGCUUUUGGUUUAUAACAUCCAGACGAAGGUUAUAGAAAGCCAAACGCCAGUACUCAAUGAUGUCCGUGAUAUAACGCUGGCUAAGAACGGACAAGUGGCUCUGGUAUCUUAUGAAAACAAGGCAUUCCCCCAGCUGUGGAAGUUAGAAAUAGUCAAGGAUCAGGCGCGGCUGACUCUGCGUCAUACUUAUAUGCCCAAAGUGCCAGUUGACUUCGCAGGACCGAGCUAUUUUGGGGGCAAGGAUGAUCAGCUUGUGCUUUGUGCCGGCAAGGCUGGUGAUAUACAUAUCUGGGACCGCGAUUCAGCCGUGCUUCUUCAUCAUGUCCGUGCCCAGGCCCUAGGCGGGGACCUGACGUGUGUCGCAUGGAAUCAUGCUUCGGACAACCCUUUCAUGUUUGCUACGGGAAGCCACGAUGGUGCGGUCAGAUUGUGGACCACGAUGCCUGACUAUCGACCAUGCGAGUCUAGUCGCCGUCACCUUACAGUGACUACACAAUCUACGCCGUAUUCUGUUACCUCUUGCUCGCCUUCACCUAUUGAUAGUGGUUUUCAGACCGAUAGCGCCGGCACACAAUAUGGGGAGUACACCCCGGAGCCAUUAACGCUCACGCCU